UUAUAGUAGCAGCGAAAUCGUGGUACAAACGUAAAGCUGUGAGAAGAAAGGCUUAAAAACAUGACUGAGAGAAAAGUUCUAAAUAAAUACUAUCCUCCUGACUUCGAUCCUUCGAAAUUGCCCAGAGUAAGAAGAGAGCGAAAUGCAGUCUUCGAAAUCCGUAUUAUGGCACCCUUUAAUAUGAGGUGUAAUAAUUGCGGAGAAUAUAUUUACAAGGGAAAGAAAUUCAAUUCCCGUAAAGAAGAUGUACCUAAUGAACGCUAUUUGGAUUUAUAUAUUUAUCGGUUUUACAUAAAAUGUCCAAGAUGUGUAUCGGAAAUUGCAUUUAAGACAGAUCCCGAAAAUGCUGAUUAUAAGUUGGAAGCAGGAGCUACUAGAAAUUUUGAAGCUCUCAGAACAGCUGAAAUUCUAGCCAAAAAGGAAGAAGAAAAAAUGAAAGAAGAGGAAGAUAAUAAUCCAAUGAAAGUUCUUGAAAAUAGAACAAAAGCUUCACAAAAAGAAAUGGAAAAUUUAGAGGUUCUGGAAGAAAUUAAGCAACAAAAUUCAAGACAUGCGAAAAUGGAUCACGAAGAUAUUAUUAAUCUUCAUCAAGCAUACGGAGAGCAGCUCAAAAAGCUACAAGACGAAGAAGAUGAAAAAUUAAUUCAAUCACUAUUCAAGAAAAAAGAGCCAAUUAUUAAACGCUUAAGUGAUAAUGACGACCAAGAAGAGAUAUCUAUUUCAAAGAAAUUAAAACUAGGAAACAGCCCCAGUGAUGUUCUACUUUCAAAUACAGAAAUAAAGAAACCGGAAAAGGCAACUCUGCUAAGCAACCGAAAAAAUAUUUCCAGCUUUAUCAAGAGAAAGGAUCCCAAAGCGGAGAAAAAACCAGUGAAACUAACUGUGAAGAAGGAAGACGGUGAAGAUAGUAAAAAAAUAGAUACUAUAGAACUAAAGAAUGAAUCAAAAGCCCCUGUUCCUGGGUGCUUAUCGCUGUUAAGCGGAUAUUGUAACACAUCGUCUGAUUCAGAAUAA